ACACAUAAACAAAAAUAUUAUUAUGGAUUCACAAUCACCAAAUGGUUCAAUUAUCUUCUCUACUGUUGGUAGAACCAAUUACGGUUUCGAUAUCUUCUCUCUUAAAUCUCCAUUAUCUUUCAUCAAUUCUCCAAUGAAGGAGCAUUGUCUCACAGACGGUGCGUCCGUCAAUUUCAAUGGUCAAUUCGAAGACGAAGACCAGACACUGGUCUUCGUCUCUGAGAGAUCAGGUGCUCCUCGCAUUUACUUGAGACGCUCCUCAGGAAUCAAACUAAUUCCUGCUUCCGUUAAUAGCUUAUUUCUCGACCGUCCGAUUAUUCGGAAUAAACGCAUUUAUUACAUCUCAUCUCAUCAGCAUGCUGAACAAAUUUUCAAGAGCUCCUCCGCUCUUUACUACAUUACUAUCGGGGAUGACAAUGAGAUAACAACACGAUUGACUCCGGAAGGAUGCGUUGAUUAUAGUCCCUCGAUUUCGAAGUCCGGACACCUAAUUGCUGUUGCAUCUUAUGGAAAUCGUCGUUGGCCUAACGACGAAUUCCAUGAUCUGACUACUGAUAUUGUUGUUUUCCCUGAAUCUAAACCCGACAUGAGAACGAUUGUGUGUCGACACGGUGGCUGGCCAACUUGGUCCGGUGAUUCAACGAUUUAUUUUCACAGACAAGCUGAUGAUGGUUGGUGGAGCAUUUUCAAAAUCGAUUUGCCUGAGAAUUUCAAUAAUUUGGUUGAUGAAAAUAAUGGUUCGAUUCGAAUCACUCCACCUGGUGUGCAUUGCUUUACUCCUGCAGCAGCAGUGUUAGGCAGGUCAAAAUCAAUUAUUGCUAUAGCAACCCGAAGACCCGGAAAGAGCUAUCGCCACAUCGAGAUAUUCGAUGUGGAGUCUCAGAAGUUCUUUCCGGUGACGGAAUUGAUUAAUCCUACUACUCACCAUUACAAUCCGUUCUUCUCUCCUGAAUCGACUUUCCUCGGUUAUCACAGAUACCGAGGCGAAUCAUGUUCAGGAGAAACAACAAUUCCUUACUUGGACCCUGUAAUUUCUCCUGAAAAAGGACUGAAAAUGGUGAGGCUUAACGGAUUCUUCCCUGCCUCAUCUCCUUCGGGUGAAUUCAUCGCAUUCAAUCCGGGAUUCAAAGGACUCGAAAUCGUCAAAUCAGAUGGUUCGAAAAAAUGGACAUUGAUCAAAGAUCGUACAUCUUUCUGCAAUUCAUGGUCUCCUACGGAACGUGACGUGAUUUUUACAUCAAUCGGACCUAUAUUUGAAUCCGUAAGAGCAACUGUCCAAAUCGCGCGCGUUUCAUUCAAUUCAUCAAACCUUAAUGACGAUGAAAUUCCAGUAGAAAUAAAAGUUCUCACAGGGGAAGAGACUGGUAAUAACGCAUUUCCUUCUUGCUCGCCGGAUGGGAAGCAUUUGGUAUUCCGUUCAGGUCGUUCGGGGCAUAAGAAUUUGUAUAUCAUCGAUGCACUCAAAGGAGAAAUGGAAGGAGAAGAAAUUCGUCAGUUAACGAAAGGGCCAUGGAUUGAUACGAUGCCAAAUUGGUCACCUGAUGGAAAAGUAAUUGCGUUUUCUUCCAACAGGCAUAAUCCAGAUAACCCUAAUUGUUUUAGUAUCUAUAUUAUUCAUCCGGACGGAUCAGGUCUACGGAGGAUCCACGUAGCAGGGCCAGAAGGAUCAGAGGAAGUCGAUAAAGAGAGAUUAAAUCAUGUAUGCUUUAGUAAGGAUUGUGAGUGGCUCUUGUUUACGGGCAAUAUGAACGGAGUGACAGCAGAACCGGUGUCGUUGCCAAACCAGUUCCAGCCGUAUGGUGACUUGUAUUUGGUGAGGUUGGAUGGGAGUGGAUUGCGAAGAUUGACGUGGAACGGAUAUGAAAAUGGAACUCCGGCAUGGCAUCCCUCGGAUAUGCUUAUGAAGACUGCAGGGGAAACAGAACGGAGUGUAUUAGUAGGAGAUAAGCUAAAGGGUGAAUUUGACGAUGUAUUGUGGCUGAAUUGUUGACAACAAUAACGUAUUCAGAAUCCCACGUGGAGAGGAUAGUAUGUUCGUAUGUUUUGUUGCUAGCUAGUGAGUGAGUUCAGUUAUCAUGUUGGCUUGUUUGUAUUGGGGAAUAAACAUUAUGGAUAAAAUCAAUGUUGGCUUAAAUUAAAAAUAAAAAGAAAAUUGAAUCAGUGUGAAAAGUUAAAAUUGCAGUGUUUUCAAUUGGAAAAUUUAGG